UAAACAUUAUGGUAAAAUACAAUCGACUCCGAUGAUAGUUAUUCAUGAAGAUGAUCUGUUUGAAGAAUGGGUAGAAGACCAUCAACCCGACUAUGCGUCCGAUUUCAACGUACCAUCACCGACUCCUUCGCCCGGAAUGCCGCCAAUUAAAUCUUUCGAAGAUUGUAAGGAUAAUACCUUCUCUACCUCCUUGCCAAAUCUUUUUUUAGACAAUUCUUCAGAUAAAAGCGAUUCGCUGCCGUCAUCUAUUUCGGAAAUAGCAAAAUCGUUCUCCCCAAGACGUCUCACUAUGCACGAACUUGGGCAAGCAACCGUGAAUGACGAUUUAAUAAUAACUCCUCAACUGAGUAGCACUGAAGUUUCCCAGACAACCUCAGAAUCAUCAAUCUCAGUUUAUGCGGCCUCAAAUAAGUACGAAUCCGAAUUGCUGAAGUCGACGCCCCCCUCAAAGGUUAAUAUCGAAAAGUAUGGUAGAUGGGGUAAGAUACUUGGCUCCGGUGUGGGCGGUACAGUGAGAUUAAUUCACCGUCGAACUGACAACAAGGCUUUUGCCGUAAAACAAUUUCGUAAACGGAAUCCCUAUGAAUCGGAAAAGUCAUACAUUAAAAAGAUUGUUGCGGAAUUCUGCAUUGGUUCAACACUCCACCACGAAAAUAUCAUUGAGACAUUGGACAUCCUACAGGAGAGUGAUCAGCUCUACGAGAUAAUGCAGUUCGCCCCCUAUGAUCUAUUUGAAGCGGUAAUGAGUAGAAAGAUGAGCGAAGAAGAGAUCGCAUGUGUCUUUAAACAAAUCGUUAAUGGAGUGAAUUAUCUGCACCAGAUGGGAAUCUCUCAUAGGGAUCUCAAAUUAGAUAAUUUAUGUUUGAACGAAAAAGGAAUAAAAAUUCCCGAAGCAUCACGUCCAAUAAUAAGUCGAAUACUUGAGAUAAAUCCUGAGAAGCGUGCCACAAUGAAGGGCAUUUUAGAAGAUGAAUGGUUCAAGGGAAUUGAAGUUUGCCGUUCUGAUAAUGAUCGCUCGAAUGUUGGUCACAUACAUCAUUUAGAAGAAAGUAAAUAUAAACCCGAUGAUGAUGAAUGA